AUGACUCAACAAGUCCAGUACCAAUGGCUCCCCGGCCCCGUGGGAGAGAUGCUGCGAUCCUCAUCCCUCGCCACAACGGCCACGGUGCCCCUCAGCGGCAAGCUAGUCAUCACCACGGGCCACGUGGGCGUCGACGUCAAGACCGGCCAGUUGGUCACGUCGUCGGUGGACGCCGAGUUCAACGCCAUCUUCGACUGCCUGGACGCCGCGCUCCGCAACGCCGGCGUGUCCGCGGGCCUCGCGGCGGCGCACAAGCUCGUCGCCUACUUCACCCGUGCCGAGGACGAGGCUAGGAUGUUGGCCAUCUUCCGCGGUCGCUAUCCCGGCCACACGCCCACCUGGACGUCGGUCGUGGUUGUGGCGCUGGUCAACCCCGGUAUGCAUGCUGAGGUCCAGGCCGAGGCUGUCGCUUUGUGA